UCCCGGUCGGGCCCGGAGCCGCUCCGCCGCCGCCCGCUGAGCCGCUCCGCCGGGACGAUGCCGCGUUGGGAGGCGGCCGCGCUGCUCGCGGCGAUCGUCGGCGUCUGCGUGUGGAGCGACGACCCCGGGAAAGUGAUCUCGGAUCGCUACGCCGUCUAUUGGAACCGCAGCAACCCCAGGUUCCACCGUGGGGAUUACACCGUGGAGGUGAGCAUCAAUGACUACCUGGACAUCUACUGCCCGCACUACGAGGAGCCGCUGCCCGCCGAGCGCAUGGAGCGCUACGUCCUCUACAUGGUGAACUACGAGGGCCACGCGUCCUGCGACCACCGGCAGAAGGGCUUCAAACGUUGGGAGUGCAACCGCCCCGACUCACCCAGCGGACCCCUCAAAUUUUCGGAGAAGUUUCAACUCUUCACCCCCUUCUCUUUGGGUUUCGAGUUUCGCCCCGGUCACGAGUACUACUACAUCUCUGCAUCUCCCCCGAACGUGGUGGACAGACCCUGCCUCAAGCUGAAGGUUUACGUUCGGCCGACGAACGAUUCCCUCUAUGAGUCCCCAGAGCCCAUCUUCACCAGCAACAACUCGUGCUGCAGCCUUGCAGUGCCGCGUGCCGUGCUGGUGGCUGCGCCGGUCUUCUGGACUCUGCUGGGCUCCUAGCGCCGCGGGACGGACAGACGGACGGGACGGGACACAGCCUCAGCACCAUCACAGGACACAACUGGGGCUGCACCACUGCCAGGAGCCUCACUGCACCCUGCCCGACCGCAUCCUGCCCUGCACUGCAGCAGGGAACGGGGAUCCCGCCGUGCGCACGGAUUGCGCCCAUCCCUGCGGCAGCGACCCUCCCGUAGGAUGCCUGCUUUUUACAUUUCUAGACCAAAUAUAGAGUCCUGUUGGGUGGUUGUUUUUUUUUUUUUGGUUUUGGGGUUUUGUUUUGUUUUG